AUGUUUCUAUUACCGCCCCCGCCGCCCAUGCGAGGCCAACAUGUCGGUCUCUACACCAUGGGCACCACGGUUGCCUCUCCCACCGCCGCCCAGCUCUACAGAGACCCCAACAUUGAUCCCAUCGACGCUACAUGUGUGCCUACCCCUGAAACGGUCGGUUUCACCGCCCCCGAGGGCACAUACACCCCUAUGGAGUGUGUUUAUUUGGCCCCUCCACCUCCCCAUCCUUCUGAUCCCCCACCAGUGGUCGUCAACCCCCUGGCUCCCACAACAGCUUCUCCUCAGGCAUUUUCGAACGGUGUCAAACUCACCGUUUUUGCGUUCCAGGAUAAAAACACCCCGCAAAAGGCCGCCCCAGUAUCCAGCGGAUCGCUGUUCAGCUUCUCCCCAGCCUCGGGAUCAGGUUGGCUCCGUCGACCCUCGCAUUCCCUGGGCCCCGAACUCUCCAAGGUCGACUCCCGUGGAAGUGACAACAGCAACUCGACAUCCAUCUACGCGCAGUCGUCAUCUGCGCAAGCCUCCACUAACGCCGUGUCCGUACCCAUCAGUGUGCCCGGAAGCACUGUGAACGUUGACAAUACUAACCCUUCUGCCUCCAGUCUGGGCAUGUUCCUCCGAAAAAAAUCUGUCUCUUCCGAAUGGGGCACCAACGUCGGAAGCGUACAAACUGCCCAGGACUCGUCGUUCGAAGAUGACUACGGUACCCCUCCCAGUAGCACCGGUCUGGGUGCCAGCCCUGCCACCAACAACAAAAACAGCAAGCGAACUCGGCCGAAAAACUCGCUUGUCAAGAACAAUUCGUCCUAUCUCAGUCGUACCAUUGUCAGAGAAGGUCUCACUAAGCUGCUGUGUGAACGUCCUCUCGGAGAACUAUUUGUGGUCACUAACAUCAAUCGGUCUCUACAGUGGCUGGACUUGCAGGACUACCAGUCAGAUGUACAUCCUCAACGACACGAGGCUCUGACCAAGAUUCUCCUUACCCGAGCCCAUCCUCUCUGCCACGAUGUUAACCGAAAGACAAAGUCUCUUGCAGGUUUCGAUCUCAUUGUGGGUUUCUCGUCUGGAGACAUUCUGUGGAUCGAUCUGGUCACUGGAAAGUACAACCGAAUCAACAAGAACGGUGAGGUGUGCAAGGCCGCCGUUGUGGACAUCAAAUGGCUUCCCAACUCCGACUCUCGAUUUGUGGCCGCCCAUGCUAACGGGUGGGUGGCUGUCUACGAUAAGGACCGUGAUGGAGGCAUCUGCGAAGUUGCCCAAUCUUACGUCGAGAGCAAAAAGGAUUACCGACAUAAGCAGGGGUCUGUUGUAGACAUUGAACACUGUCACGUGAUCAAAUCUCACACUGAGCAGAGCAAGCAGAACCCUAUGGCUCUCUUUGCUGUCUCGCCAAAGCCCUUGACCUCUAUCGCCUUCUCCCCCAUCUCUCACCGGACUCUGGCAGUCACUGGACGAGAUGGAUACACUCGGCUGAUCAACCUCAUGACUGAACAGGCCACUGACGUGUUCCCCUCGUACUUUGGAGGCGUCAUGUGCUGUGCAUUCUCGCCCUGUGGCCGCUAUUUGGCUACUGGAGGCCAAGAUGACCUUGUUUCGUUGUACAGAGUCGACAGUACUUCUUCGGGCCAAUCAGCUCAGAUUAUGGCUCGACUUCAAGGCCACAACUCGUACGUCAGCCAUGUUGCCUUUGAUUCUUACAUCAGCGACCCUCGAUCUAUCCGUUUGGGUUCUGUUGGUCAGGACGGCUGUUUGCUUCUCUGGGACGUUGAUGUCCACACUUCGACGGUUCGAAAGGGACGAUCUCGGUCUAACUCUGCCGCAACUUCUCUCGCCCCCAAGGCUGACCGGUAUGGUACAUUGAUUCAUCCCUUCGUGUCCCGUCUGGAGCCCUCUGCUCAGCUGUCUCAGCCCGUAGUCAGUCUCCCUGUCAAGGCUGCAAAUAAGGAGUGUGAACCUCUGACGUAUCUUGAGUUCCUGAGUGAUCGAGUGAUUGCUGCAGGCAAGGACGGACGAAUCUGGACCUGGAAGCGACCUAAUGUUUAA